GGGCAGGGGCUGCGGGAGCCCGGCUGUGGUGCUGAUGGGGCCGGGGGGGUCUCGCAGACCCUCCACCCCCUACAACAAGUCCAAGCGCGGGCACCGCGAGGAGGAGCAGGAGGACCUGACGAAGGACAUGGACGAGCCCUCGCCCGUCCCCAACGUGGAGGAGGUCACUCUGCCCAAAACAGUCAACACCAAGAAGGACUCGGAGUCUGCGCCCGUCAAGGGGGGCACCAUGACAGACCUGGAUGAGCAGGAGGACGAGAGCAUGGAGACAGCCGGCAAGGACGAGGAGGAGAACGGCACCGGGAGCAAGGGGGAGCAGGCCAAGAACCCCGACCUGCACGAGGACAACGUGACGGAGCAGACCCACCACAUCAUCAUCCCCAGCUACGCCGCCUGGUUUGACUACAACAGCGUCCACGCCAUCGAGCGCCGAGCCCUGCCCGAGUUCUUCAACGGCAAGAACAAGUCCAAGACCCCCGAAAUAUACCUGGCGUACCGCAACUUCAUGAUCGACACGUACCGGCUGAACCCGCAGGAGUACCUCACCUCCACCGCCUGCCGCCGCAACCUGGCGGGCGACGUCUGUGCCAUCAUGCGGGUCCACGCCUUCCUGGAGCAGUGGGGCCUCAUCAACUACCAGGUGGACGCCGAGAGCCGGCCCACCCCCAUGGGCCCCCCGCCCACCUCCCACUUCCACGUCCUGGCCGAUACGCCCUCGGGGCUGGUGCCGCUGCAGCCCAAGACGCCCCAGGGCCGGCAGAGCGACGGCGACGCCAAGACGGGCCGCAAGAGCAAAGAGAUCGAAGACCUCGUCACCGAGACGGUGAAAGGGAAGCCGGAGCUGCAGCAGACCUCGGCCUCGCAGCAGAUGCUGAACUUCCCCGACAAGAGCAAGGAGAAGCCGGCCGACAUGCAGAACUUCGGCCUCCGCACCGACAUGUACACCAAGAAGAACGUCCCCUCCAAGAGCAAAGCUGCCGCCAGCGCCACGCGGGAGUGGACGGAGCAGGAGACGCUGCUGCUGCUGGAGGCCCUGGAGAUGUACAAGGACGACUGGAACAAGGUGUCGGAGCACGUGGGCAGCCGGACGCAGGACGAGUGCAUCCUGCACUUCCUGCGGCUGCCCAUCGAGGACCCCUACCUGGAGGACUCGGAGGCGUCCCUGGGGCCCCUGGCCUACCAGCCCAUCCCCUUCAGCCAGUCCGGCAACCCCGUCAUGAGCACCGUCGCCUUCCUGGCCUCCGUCGUCGAUCCCCGUGUCGCCUCCGCCGCCGCCAAGUCGGCGCUGGAGGAGUUCUCCAAGAUGAAGGAGGAGGUGCCCACGGCGCUGGUGGAGGCGCACGUCCGCAAGGUGGAGGAGGCGGCCAAGGUGACGGGCAAGGCCGACCCCGCGUUCGGGCUGGAGAGCAGCGGCAUCGCCGGCACCACCUCCGACGAGCCGGAGCGGAUAGGUACCGCCUGGGGGGGUACUGGGGGGG